AUGCCUGCUGCAGUGAUGCCGUCGUCGCGGCGAGCAGCAGCAGCAGCAGCAGCAGCAGUCGGAGUUGUCGCUGCGGCCGUCGUGCUGCAAGUGCUGCUGCUCCACCCGUCCCUCGCCGCUGCCGACGCUCCAGAGUGUGCACGGCUCGCAGGAAUGACAGACUACGUCAUUAGCGAGCCAGAAGACUUUGAGCUCAUCCGCGGCUGCGACGUCUUUCAUGGCGCGCUGCACAUUGGCGCGCUGCUGGGCGACGACGAGCACAUUGACGAGGACAUUCACAAUGUCGACGCACUCGAGUCGCUGGUCUACGUCGAGGGUCUUGCAAUCACAGACUGUGGACUAUGGAACCUGGACGGGCUGCGCAACUUGAGGAGAAUUGCCGGGGACCUGGUCAUUGCGUUCAUGCCGGAUUUGGUGAACAUUGACGGCCUGUACCAGCUCACCGAGAUUACGGGCAGCACAUCCAUCAUUGACUGCAACGAGUUGCUCAACCUUGAUGGGCUUGUCAACGUCCUGCGGUUUGGUGGGCCACUCACAGUGACUGAGAACGACAAGUUGCUGAAUGUGGACGGCAUCUGGGAAAAUACGCAUAUUGUCGAGGGCUACAUCACUCUCAGUGACAAUGAAAAAUUGUGCGGAAUCGAUCCUGCAAAAUGGUCGCAACGGUUCCACGGCGGCGACACCAUCGUGCAGUACGACGCCAAUGCCACUUGGUGCGAAGCUCAUCCGCGGAUUCCGCCGGCUGCUCCAGACCAUCCUGUCGUGAUUGGCACCUACGCACGUGCGAUAACGGUGAACUUUACGAAAAGUGACCACACAAACGGAUUGAUCACCAUGUACCGGUUCUUCCUUUACGAUGUUGAACACGAUACAGAGUACCCAGGCGAAAACUUUACCGACCCCUCGCCCCUGUUCCUGUACCACAUUUACAACAUUUCAACCCAAGUGCGCCCAAACACAGAGUACAUGCUACGGAUUUCCGUGACCACAAUGUAUGGUGAAACCAGCGCGCCCAGAAAUAACUUUACCAUACGAACGCUGGAGGACGUGCCCGAGCAGCUUCCUAAACCGCACGCGCUGACAACGCGGUUGCAGCAAGUUGAUGUGCUCUGGAGCAAACCCACUCUCCCCAACGGCGAAAUUAUUCUCUAUCAAAUGUACAUUGCAGCGCCGCCUCGUGUUGUUUAUCAAAAGAUCUACGAAGGUCAAGGCCACACGGAAGCCGAUGAGCAGAAGGAUCAUGAUUUUAGCAAGAUACUGAGCGGGCUCCUUUCCGAUACCGAUUACAACAUUACCGUCUUUGCUUGCACUGCGAUCGGCUGCACUUCAAACUUUGUGACGUUCACUUCCUUGAUGGAAGUACCCCAAGCAAUUGCUCCGAUUUCUGCCACCGAAAUCAGCACAGACACUGUUCGCUUGAAUUGGCACAGCUGCUUUGCUGCCAAUGAUCGGAUUGGCUUCACUGCCUUCCAUGUCAUUUUGAACGGACAAGUGGUGCUGUACGAGCGCAACACUGAGGCGACCGAGCACGUCAUCUCAGACCUUGCUCCUGGGCAGGAGAACGUGCUGGUUGUUGAGGCUCAAAAUCGCGCUGGAUGGGGCCGCUCCAGCCCGCUCUCUUUCACUGUGCCGCCGCGUGCGCCUGAGGGUAUGGCGCGGCCAGUGGUGCUUCCAGACGACACGUUUGUCAAUGUGACUUGGACUUGGCCUGCACGCCCGAACGGCCGACUCCUCUACGUGCUCGUCUUCCUUCAAGGCCGCGUCGAGCCCGUUUGCAACGAAACAUUGGUUUCUCACAGCUGCAUUGUGAGUGGACUGAUCCCGAAGCACCAGUAUUACUUUUCGGUGAGAAUCGUCAACGAGGCAGGCUCGGCCGACUCGGCCGUCACCGCUGUGUUUACCGAGCGCGGCGGCUUUUUGCAGACGGGCAUUUCAACGACCGUUGUCGUUGGAGCCGUCCUUGGCACGCUUGGUGGAAUGGUUUUGCUUGUAGUUGGGCUCAUCGCCUACAAGCGACACCAACACGCCAAGCUCAAGCGCAAGUACCACGAGGACGCCAAGGCCCAGCGCGCCAAGCGCGGAAAGCGCAAGUCACGGCGGGCGCUGAGCCAGCAAGAAGAGCGCGAGGACGACGAAGUAUUUGGCGACGUCGAUCCACAACCAAGGGGGCCCGCAGAAGCGUCCGGAUCCAACGAGGGGGCAGCAGACUCGGCAAAUCCAGAGACGUUGGCGGCUGCCGCAGCCACAGCGCUCUCCGACCCGCCCUCGCAACUCGGGCGUCGCGCUCACAAGUCCAAGCGACGCUCUCGCAAAGAGGACAAGCUGACCCUCGUCGAGUCCGAAAUGACCGAGUUUGGCGAUUCCAACGUGUGAUUGCUUCCAUUGUCAAUCUUUUUUGGCGCUCUGAGCUUUUUCAGCUUUGCUUGCGUUUUGUUAUUCAUUGAUGCUACUAGAUUCUGUUUAAUGUUGGUGGUGUUGUUGUUGCUGUUGUUGCUGCUGUUGCUGCUGCUUUGUUAAGGAACUUUUGAAAUAGAUACUGCUUGCGA